AUGAACUCGAAAAGGCGUUUUGCAAUUUUGUCAGCGCACACAUUGUUUUCCUCGUUUCAGUCUGGUGCACAACAUUCUUGGGCAAACCGCAAUUUCUUCGACUUUUUCGACUUUCUGUUCCCCGAACACCAUCGCGAGUUCCCAGCGGUUCUCCGGUUUUCGGGAUUGUUAUUCAUCGCCGCGCAUGAGCUUGGUCAUGGCUUUGGUAAGGGGCAAUUUUCUUGUCAAUAUCAAAUCACCCUUUUUCAGAUAGGGAGAUGAACGAGAUAGGAGCCAAAGAUCCCACAUACUCCCAAAUACACGAUUGCCUUUACGAGCUGUACGCGAAUCAAUGCAAUCCAAAGGACGCGAACUCUUGCACUGACCCCAAAAACACCAUCAACGAGAAUUUUGCGGACUAUUUCGCGGUUCGUAUGGUCUAUCUGGCCUACAAACGGAAGUCGAAGAAAGAAGGAAAAAGUCGCCCAGGAGGGGCGAUUCUCGCCCGCUACUCCAACGACCAACUGUUCUUCAUCCACAUGGCACAGACAAUGGGCAGUUUUGGUAUUUGGGAAUGGUACUCUCAGUCCAAUAUGCAUUCGGUAGGCCCGGUCAGAGUUUGGGCCGCGUUAUCCGCGCUCCCGGCGUUUACCAAUGCGUUCAACUGCGCUGCAGGCAGUACCUAUCGAGUUGAAGAUGGCUGUCAUUUAUAUAACGGAAAAAUUCAACCAAAUUAUAACCUUACUGAAAAUUGA